UUCACAAUGUUUUGGUGGUGAUUAUUCACCACAAACAUUUGAGCAACCUGUUAUGAAACGGUAUUUUCAUUGGAUGAUAUAAUUAUAAUCUUAUGCACAAUUUUGUUCUAUUUUUCAAUUCUAGUCAACGACGCUGGUGGAACGCGUAUAUAUUGUUUUAUGAGCAAAUAACAGAUUCAAUUGAAGAUAAUUUAGAAAAAGAUUUAUCCAAAUUAAAUCUUUAUGAUCAACAACAACGAAUGCCAUUAUUUGUUCAACGAAGUGUUCGAAAACAAAAUAUUAGAUUUUUACAUAACAGAAUACAUUUUAGUCCAGAAUAUUUUCUAUUUAUGAAACGUUUGGCACAUAGUAAUGUUCAAGUCAUUUUAAUGACUUUGCAACCACAAACUUCAGAUAGAAUAAUUUUGGCAGAUUAUCUUGAAGAACUGGCACUUGUCAGUGUACAAAUUGCAUCAAAAUUUUUAUUUUCUGUCGGAUGGCAUACAAAAAAAGCAUUGCGGUAUGUUGGUCCAGCAAAUGAUUGGUCGGAAUUAAUUGGACAAUAUAUACGUUUUUCACGUAAAGCAAGGCAUUUUAUGAGUGAAGAAGUUUUAUUUAAACAUCCAAAUCGUUUUCAAGAAUAUUUAAUUGAUUGCACAAGUGCUGAAAUACGUAAUGCAUUCGCUAAAAUGCUUGUUUCAUUAGCAAUAUCAUCGCGACAAGAUGAACAACUAUUGCAUAGUAGAUCAAUUCCAACAGAUGAUAUCAAAAAUUAUACGAGUGUUGAAGAACGAAUACUAAUCUAUGUAUUAAGAAUAUUGAAAACGAAAGAUUUGCCAGAAAAUGUUAAAUUACUCGCACAAUAUUUUCAAUUUUUUUGUUCUUAUUCAGCAAUGGGACAAUAUGAGGCACGUACUAUUAAUGACGAUGGUCAAUCAUCGUGUGCGACAAUCCAAAGAUAUCCGGAAUCAACUAAAUUAUUUGUGAUAUUAUCAACAUUAAUUCGAUGUUUUAAUAUAACACAAUAUUGUAAAUCGAGAAAUUCUGAUAGUGAACUACUACCAAAUCCAUUUUAUACCCAUAAUGAUGGUGGACUAUUACAUAACAUGCCUCAACAGUUGGUUGAGAUUGUUUACAAACGUGAUACACUGUUAAAAAAAAUCAUUGAAGAUUCAAGUAGUUGUGAAGACUCACAAAAAUUACUCAAAUUUCUUUUAUGGGAAAAUAUUGAUGUAACAAUUAUUGUUCUCAAUGAAAUAAUUGGUCUUCUUUCAACUUAUUAUACCUUUGAUUUACGUGCCCCACUCGAUGUUUUAUUAUUAGUAUUAAUGCUUGAAGAUUCGUGGCAAGAAACAAGACUGUUAUAUACACUGAAGGGUAUACCAUCAAUAAAUCAAUUAAUCAUUGCAAAUAAUAUCAUUGGCAAUGAAUUAACAACAAAUACUCUAACAUCAGGAAAUACAUCAAGUUCUGUAUGUGAUCAACCACAAAGUUUAUUUGAAAUUUUCUCCAAAUCAAAAUCAUCCUAUCAGAAACGAGCAUAUCAAUGUAUAAAAAUGUUGGUUGUCUUAUUCUCAUCAUGUCCAAAAGCCCUUAAUCUACUUAAAGUUGAUCCAGAUAUAAAAUCACGUUGGACACAUGCUGUUCAAUGGCUAAAUGAUCAAUUGGAUCGUUCCUGUACUAAUGUACCGGGCUAUCCUUAUUAUCCAUCUCAAUCAGGACCCGCACCAAGUAACGAUAUGUCACAAGGCUAUUUUAUCGAACGAACACAAAGUGCUCGAUCGUUACUCGAUAAAGCAUUGGAACUUUGUCCAGAUAUAAAAGAAACGGAUGAUCCGGACAAUAGUGAUGAAGAUGAUGAUAUAUCACCAUCACCCCCACGUUUGACUCCAAUCAACACGGCAAGUAAAUCAUUGACACCGUCACAAACUUCUACUAAAUUUUCGUCGUCAUCGUUACGACCAAAUUCUCCAAAUUCAAUGAAUAAUCUAAUAUUAUCGACCGGUUCAAUUAAUUCGCAGCAACAUAAUCAAACUAAACAUCAUUCGAACACCCGACCGUAA